AUGGACAAAAAUAAUGACCUUUCUUGGAGAUCCCAGUUUAUUGAUGUCCUAGAACUUCAUGAUCUAGAAGAUGUCAUCACGUAUGAUACUCAUCCUCCGAAGAAGCACGUUGAUGGAACACCAAAUCCAGCCUACUCAAAGGACAAGCUGGUCCUGAGUUGGAUUAAAGCAACUGCAUCCUCAACUAUCAAAACUCUUCUCAUCCCAUGCACAACGGCUCAUGAAGCCUGGGAUCCACUUGAGCGAAGGCUUUCUCCGUUAUCCAAGACUUAUCUUCAUACCUUGUGGGAUCAAAUCUGCACUCUCAAAAGAGACUUAGACAAACCCGUUGCAGACUAUCUGAUGCACACUAAAUCACUCUUUGACUCCCUCACAAUAGGCGGUAUAGCAAUGUCAAAUGAAGAAUUCAUUGAGUACAUCUUGGAUGGAAUCAGACAUGAAUAUAAAGAGUUCAUUACAUCACUUCAUCUCAGGCCCAAACUUACCUUUGAUGAAUUUUUGAUCUAG